AUGGACUGUCUUGAGAACUGCCCGCUGCCAGAAUGCCCCAAGAUGGCAGCCAAGGUGAAGGGCAUCAUCCAGUGCAGCGCAAAAUGUGGCUCUGACUUUGCUUGCCGCAGCGCUUGCAAUGUCCCCGUCACGAAGUUUGUGGAGAUGUGCAGCAAUUUCCACAAAACGGAGUUUGAGCACUUCAAGCCACCUCCAGGGCAUGUUCUUGUCUCAAAGUUCCGCGCUUGCCACGAUGGAUGUGCAGGUGAUGCGGAAUGCAUCCAGAAGUGCCCAAAGCCUUUCUGGAUGAAGUUCAAGAAGACAUGUGAGGAGGCCAUUCCCAUCAUGGAAUGCCAUCAGAAGUGUGGCUGUGACCAUGCUUGUCAUGAGAACUGCCCUGUGCCGAGCUGCCCCCAUAUGAAAGCCCAAGUGGAGGAAAGCAUGCGGUGCCAUGGACAGUGCCAAGAUCGCGAGUGUCACCACGCGUGCCCGAAGCCAAUGAAGGCAAUUCUGUCAAAGUGUCAAGUAUUUGAGAAGGUGCAGCAAUGCCACGGGAACUGCACGGACUUCAAUUGCCACCACGAAUGCCCCAAAGCUCACCUCUGGCAUUUCCUUGGGCACCACGACUUUGGCUUCCACCACG